AUGUACGAGGACUCAGUCGAAGAUUGGCUUGAUGUACUAAGUAUGUUAAACAGGAGCAAUUCAAAUAUAAGUUAGCACUGUAUAGGACAACCUCGUUCUUUUAAAAGCAACGUUAAUUUUUCACCUGCGAUAGUCCGGUCGAUGAAUGGCAUUGUAAACAAAUGGGGUUGAAAAUCCGAGGAUAAUAUUGAAUUUCGAGGAAGUUUUUAUAAAGGGAUGGUUUGCUACAAUUGACCCAACAUGUUACAACCAUGUUUAUAACCCGACGCUGUUGGAUAUCGCGUUAUACCCGUAUAGCACGACGUGAAAUCAUUGUUGCAGGCAGUUGCCAUUUGUUAACAAUUUUGUCUUUGUCAGUUUUAGGACUGGAGCCGGGUGAUCUAUCAAGACAAUACGACCAGUCUGAUUGGAAGGAAUAUUUCUGUGUUCUCGAACGCGAGCCGCCUGCAAUAAGGAUAUUCUUGGACGAACAGGUAGGUUAGAAUUAAGUUUGAGCUAUAAUCAGACUUGAGUCACCCAGCUUGUUGUUCUGCGAGUGUUUUGACUAUAGGUUGGUAUAGGGAAGCCUUUGGUGCCAAAUAUAACUCUAUUAUAUGGUUCAUUUCUUGGUUAAUUUGUAGUCUUAGAUGACAAGAGUUUACAACUCUAUUAUAUGGUUCAUUUCUUGGUUAAUUUGUAGUCUUAGAUGACAAGAGUUUACUGCUUGUGAUAUUGGGCAUGAAGAAUUAUGAAAUUUGACUCAAGUAGACCGAAGUUAGUUCGACCUAUAUUAGAAUUUAGAUUUUGAGUUUGAUUUUAAGUGCCGUUGGGAAGGUCUCGGCGAUUGAAGGUUUUGGCUUCGGUAUAGGACAUCCUUGGGUCCCAUGUAAGGUAAAUUCGGGGUCCAUUAUGUAUAGUUAAUUUGUAUAAUCUUAGAAUGUAUAUGAGUUUAUAUAUACUGCACUUUUUCGUAAUAUAAAAUCCUGUUUAAUUUAGCCAAGGCAACUUUAAUUCAUGAACUUGGACCACCUCAGGACAAAAAAUAAAAGGAUUUUUUAAGAACGGAGCAAUUCUAUGGAAUACUUACUGGGGUCGCAUACUUAAGUGCUCCUUGUAAAAUAGUUCAUGAAUGAAAUUUGACAUGAGUGGUUAGGUUGGGUCAGCGAUAUUUUAUGCAUGCUUAUAAUGUUUAGUUAAUAAUGGAAUGUAAGCUUAGCUUUUUGCAUUAUUAUAGAGGGAUUGCUCAGAUUAAGUUACAGUAUAUCCCACGUAUAAGAGCGUACUAUUUUUCAGAUCAGGUUGAAUAGAAGUUCUUAUACAUAUAUUUGCAUUUCAUGACUAUAUAAAUCUCAUGCAUUCUAUAUAAAUCAAGUACGAGUACACUUGCAUGCACUUUAUACAUAAGUACUAUUAAAACCUUUUCCAAACUUCAGGCUGAAUUGGUUCUGAUAGAAAUAGGUGUCUAAAUGACAGGUUUCAUGCCGUUGGUUCUUAAUCUGCUAAGCUCGAUACGACUAAAGUCGUAUACGAUUUUUAUCCUGGCGUAUGUACUCGUAUAUAAAUGCGUGUAAAGAUGUCACGUUUCAACUUUCGCCAAAUCAAAGUGAUGAAUAGGAGGAAUAAUGGUAUCAGUAGUCGUUUUCAAACGCCAGAAUGACAAUUGUAUACGCGACUAGUCGUAUUGUUUCAACACAUGCAUGGGCCUUUAAAUAUGCGGGAUUUUACUGGAUUGGUCAAACGAUAUAUCAGUAGGGUUACUAGGGUACAGACUUUGAUUAAUUAUGAAUGGUGAACUGUAAUCCUUCGGUUAACGCAAGGCUAUUAGCAUUAAAUUUGAGGCAAAAUGUGUGUAUUAAAAACUCGUUUUCCCCAGAAGAAUGGUCAUUGUGUUGCAAUUGUAUAUUGUCCACGUUGCAAAAUGCUUGUUUUACGACCCCACGCAAUAUUCGUAGUUAGGAAACAGUUGAUAUAGUUUCCUAGUGAGUAGUGUGUUUGCUUUAUGGUAACACAAUCUUAGUCUCGAUAUAUAUAUUUACUUAUUUAUUAAUGGGCAGCACAGGUCAUUACACGAUAUAUAUUUAGUUAUUUAAUAGCUAGCAUUGGUCAUUUAUAUACAAGUAGAUCAUAUGUUUCUAUGUGUACCGUAUCUUUUGACAACUGUAAAUUUAUCAUGACUAACACAAUCGCUAGCUGGCAUACACUGACCAUUACAAGUAUAAUUUAGACAUAUAAGCGUCAAUGCGUCAUAGCAGCUGUAAAUUUGUAAUGAUUUAUUCAUGAACAAAUUAGAUUUGGACAGAUUUCAUCGCUCGUUUGACGUAUUUACCAGUUUAACGCUGUCGGGGUUUCGGCGAUGCAUGCUUGAAUUGCUUUACACAAUAAUUAUGAUUUGAUAAUUGUUAUGUGAUGUUUCAUUGAGACAAAGGCUUGGUCUACUGCCAUUGUUAUAUAUAUAUGAUACAGUUAGCAGCUCACCACCCACAUAUAAAUGAAUAUGGAAACUAGAGGCAUCGUUUCCGUCUGAUGCACAAUGACAAUGCGGCACAGUAAUAUACUGAAGAUAAAACAGGCCUGAGGUGUUGUUUUGCAAGAAUAUUUAUUGCACUAAUAAAAUAACUUGCGUAUUCAUCCAUACAUCCCAGACCUAUAGAAAAGAUAUUUGUCUUCCUGGUAGCAAAAUCCAAAACUAGAAAUUUCCUGUGUGAGUCGAAUAUAAAACGUCCUCCAUAUGUAGAUUUCGUCUCGACUUGCAAAACGCUUUUGGAAUUUUUACAAUAAAUAAAUUAUUUGGCAUUCCAGUAUAUAUAGAUGAAAGAAUUUCCUGCAAGAUGUAAGAGAAUUCCCUGGCAGCAAUGCUACCGGUGGCAUUUUCCAGCACUAUAAACCAUCUAUUAUUUACAUAACCAUCGGUUAUACUCUCUCAAUAUAUACCAGAAGUUAAGAAUGAAUUUGAGUAACCUUUCGAACAAGACGUUAUACUUGAUAUAACUUUGGUUUGUGGAACUUAUAUCUUAUCGCCAUGCAAAACUACGAAGUCAAAAAACCUAUUACAAAACAGUACUUCAAUGGAUGAAAAAAGUAUAAAAAUCUGCAUCAUAAAAUUGAUAUGUGUUUAUAGUCUUUUUUCAUACGUAAAGGUUCUCGUAUUUUCCGUAUCCAAUUUUAAAAUAAUUGCAUCUCAAAAGAGCUUUUUCUUUGCAAAGGAAAAGAGACAUAAAAGGCAUCAUUAACGCAGAACCAGGAAAAUGAACAAUGUGAAUGAUAUUCGCUUUCGUGCUUUCCACUUUAAUGCUCUUACUUUGAAUCUUAACUUCGCCGCCAUUAUACUUAAGUUUGAACAUAAUUAUUGAGUUAUAUUUGCUUAAAAAUACAUACACAAACACGUAUGUGUUGUUGUUUUAGUUUUGAAAUAUCAAAUUUAGCGUCAUACUGUGAAAUGAAUGAUUUGAUUAGCUUUCAAUAUGUGAACUUGACAUUUGUUUCACAGUUUGGCUCAAACAGAAACGUGCACACGCUCAGAUUUGUUCAAAAAUGUGUUUUCCAUUGAAAUUAAGGAAAAGGCCUAGAUUAUUAAAAGGAAUGGAAAUUUUUAGGCUUAGAGUUUCGUAGACAAACUUUAUGGACGAGAUUUAGAUGUAUGUUGUAAAUGAGAAAAUGUCCACGUGCAUGAAGCAUGCCCACUUUUAAGCCGGAUAUAUAUACAAUUCAUUUUCAAUUUCUUAAGUUGUAACUAGUGUCUAAGUAGAAACGUUACGAUAUGUUUGGAAAUUAGAUCAUGUCCCUUCGAAAUUUAUUUAUUUAUUUAUUUAUUUGUAGGAUUCUCCCCACAAAAACAAACAAAUUAACGCUUGUACCAAAACGACACAAAAUAUAUAUAAAUUAAAAUAGGUGGAGACUAACCACAGAGAUAUAGUCUCCAUGCAUAACGGACCCCCCAAAAUUUCUCCCUGAAAGAGUCUGGCCAAGAAGCCAACCUGUAGUCUAAUAUAUUAUACUCUCCAAGCUCAACGCAUUUGACUUUUGAUCAGUGUGCAUUGAUCAACAUUCAAAUCAAUUCUUAUUUUUAUCUCUCUGUAUUUCAGGAAUACGAUGAUUACCAGAACUAUCCCAGUCCUGUCCUCAGCCCCCGGGGACGCAGACCAUCAUUUGGAGAUCUUCUAGGAAACG